GAGUACUUUGUUAAACAGUUGUUAAGAUUGUUUGUAUUCAUCUUAUUACCAAGAUAAUCAGCUGAGGCCUGAGAGUUUAAUAUCAUUGAAGGCUGUGACAGAAAUAAUAGUAAUAUAUGCGGAAAAAUUCACACUCGUGACUGUUUACAUAGUAAAUGAGUCACUUUAUAUAUUCACAAUUUGGUAAUCAAUCAUUGAGCCAAUUUAAUCAACAAUGAACUACUUCUCUUUUCUGAAUAUAAUGGGCAACACUAGUAAAAAAUUAGCGGCAAAGUGCACUUUACUGACAAAAGAGGAGCAAAAAUAUGUAGCGGCAACAUUCAGGGCGGCAAGUAAGAACUCGGAGAAAAUAAGAGAAGAGGAUCUCAUCGUGAGUGGAAAAGUAGAUGCAGUCCUGUUAGAAAAAUUCUGGGGUCCACAAAUAGACCCAAGGUUGGCGCAGUACUUAUCAAAUUUCCUCUUCGGAUCUGGUCAGCAGAAAUCACCAACGGUUGACUUCAAUCGAUUUGCUGAACUGUAUGUUUUUAAUGUGCGAGGUACAGUGGACGAAAGAAUGACGGUGACUUACAACUGUCUCGGCAAGGAUUACAAUGAGGAAAUCGAACUGCCGUAUCAGCUGCUAAAGGAGUUCUGCGAGAGCAUCGUGUCCACAUACAUCAAGAUCGUCAAGUCCUCAUCAAACAAACGCGUUCGAGUGUGGAUAGACAAGGGAUUCAGAGCUAGUGCAUCUUAUGUACAAGCGCUGGGGGAAGCGGUGGCUGCUACUAUAGGGGGAGACUUGGACUCGCCGCACCAUCAUUGUAACGCUCAACAACUUUCCAAAUGGCUCCAAACAAACAUCCUCCUAAAGCAGUUAUCCGAAUUGGUAUUUGUGAACCUCUAUGGUAUAAACAAGAGGUCUGGUGACGAGAGCCCCACACCACUACCACCAGGACCACCCUCGUUACUACCGGCUAUUGAUGGUCUCGAAGCAAUGCCAGACUACCCAGCGUUUAUAGAUUUAUCGCACAUAGUGUGGAUCAACAGUCACUUGCCGCAGAAGUACCAACACAAGUGGCGCUUUCUAUUUUCCUCACAUAUUCAUGGAGAAUCGUUUUCUACUAUGGCUGGUCGAAUCCAAGAGCAAGGUCCCUCAGUGCUAAUAAUAGAGGACAACAGCGGCUACAUAUUCGGGGGCUUCGCCACCGCGUCGUGGGCCUGGAGCCCGAACUGGACGGGCACGGACGAGGCGCUGCUGUUCACGUGCGCGCCCCGCAUGAGGGUCUACCCGGCCACUAGUUACAACGACCACUAUCAGUACAUGAACCACCAUACCAAGACAUUGCCUAAUGGAAUGUUAAUGGGUGGCCAGCUAGAAUUCGGUGGAAUCUGGAUUCCAGCGGAACCGUUCGGCGAGGGCUCGUCAGCGGAAUCGUGUUCCACGUUCCGCGGUUAUCGUCGUUUGAGCAAGGAGCCGCAUUUCCGCAUUCGUAGUAUAGAGGUGUGGGGGGUCGGGGAUAAACCAGACUUGGAUAAGGAUGAGGAUGAACGCGACACAAGUAUAUUAGACGCAAACCCGGAGGCCAAAGCUAUACUAGACAUGGCGGGUCGCACCAGACACAGCGAUGGAAUCCGAGAAGAACCGCCCUUAUAAUGUAAAGAGGUGCACAUAAAGGAUCUAAAAGCGCUUGAAUUAAAUUAUUUUUAAGCUAAAUCGCUAUUGUGCAAUAUUUAAUUGUAAACAUUGUUAUGUCCUUAUUUAUUAUCAUGUAUACAUC